CUUAUCACAUUUCUGGUGGUCGAGGAUAUUGAAAACUGAUUCACCGUGCUCGAGCACUUUCCACGACAAUCAACUUUUUGUGGCUGCUAUGAGUACAUUGUGCUAUCGAAAAAGAAAAUAGAGGUACCAGAUCACGCUUCAUGUUGAACGUCAAAUUCAGAAAUGACAGCCGAUCGAAUUUCAUCCUUUCAUUUCAUCAUGCUGGAAAACGUAUUUUGUGCUCCCAAAAAAUUGUAAUAAAUUAAACGAUUCAAUGUGAUUUUAAUUAUCAACCAGAAUAGAUUCAGCAUAAGCUCACACAACUCAAACCAAACAAUAACAUAUUGAAUUAUUUACAAUUAUUGCUGUACUCCGAAUAAACAUUAUCAGUAAAAUGUUCUCGAGUAGGGGUUCGUUUGUGUACGAUAUUAAUACAAAAAAGGUGACAAGUGAUUGUAAUUUGUAUCCCACUGAAGUUAACAAAAAAGAUAUGUAUUGGCUUUAUGCACAAAAUAAUAAAUAUAAUCGUGAGUCUUUUGAACUCCAAAAAAUUGGAAAAUGGAUGUUAUUUUUAACAAAACAUCAAGUGAAUGCGAUAUGGGAUAAAAUCAAACAAGCUGUUACAAAUGGUGAUCUUUGGCAUUCAAAGGUAUCUACGUAUUCUGCUGAAUCUCCAAACGACACUCAUGCAGUUAUGAUUUACACAAAAGAUUAUACUGAUUUAAACGACGUUAUUAAUGUGUUGGAUUUUCUUGAAACUUCUGGAAUUAAAGAACCACAUACAACUAUAAGAUAUAAAACUGAUCAACAAACUGCUGCUGGAAUUUAUAGUGGAGGUAAACAAAAGCCAUGGAUUUAUGCUUCCGAUACAAUUAGAGGCGGAUCACCUGCAGCAACUGGAACCAGCAAUUGUUCUAAUUGGCGAGACGGAAGAAAUUAACCGUUGUUAUCAUUAAUACGCAGUUGAGCAACAAAAUGACAUUCACCGAUUAAAUGCCUUUAUAACGAAAUGGAAA